AUGCAUAAACUGAUCCGGUCAGAAAACAGGAAAGAAAAAAAACCACAAGCCAAAUCUAAACACACCAAACACACCACCCCGCACCCAUUUCCCGAGAAGGAUAGCACAACCACCAAUAAGAAGCGCUUAAUACCAUCACAUUCAUCCUAUAUACAACCUGUCCUCUAUGCUCUAUGCUCCUCGCUAUUUCAUCGUUUCUUUUACACUCUGAAUCUCCUGUCUCACAAACUUUAUAAAGUGCAUGUUCUCUUGGCUCCAACUAAACGGAUCGAGAACGCGGAAGAAAUAGAAUCUCGUUAUCAUGUUCAACCGGUACUUUUAAGAGAACGCGGAAGGAAUAGAGUCCCAUUACCAUGUUUAAGCGAUACCUUUAAGAGAACGCGGGAGAAAUAG